GCCGCCCGCAGUGCUGAGCCGCGGGAGCUGAGCCGGGAUUAGCAGCGCUGCUAGAAGAUGGCGAGUGGCUGGGACGCGCGGCCGCCGUGGCAGCCGGGGCGCCUCCCGCUGCUGCUGUGCCUGCUGCUGCUGAGGAGCCCGGCCCAGGCGGCGCACAUCAAGAAGGCAGAGGCGACGACGACGACUACAAGCGCGGGCGCCCAGGCGGCCGAAGGCCAGUUCGACCACUACUACCACGAAGAGGAGCUCAGCUCGGUGCUGAAGGAGGUGGCGGCCGCGGGGUCCCCGGGCCUGGCUCGUCUCUUUAGCAUCGGCCGCUCGGUGGAGGGCCGGCCGCUGUGGGUGCUGCGCCUCACGGCCGGCCUGGAGCCGCCGCCCCCUGACGGAGACUCGGGGCCCGACGCAGCGGGGCCGCUCCUCCCCGGCCGGCCGCAGGUGAAGCUCGUGGGCAACAUGCACGGCGACGAGACCGUAUCGCGCCAGGUGCUGGUCUACCUGGCCCGCGAGCUGGUGGCCGGCUACCGCCGCGGAGAUCCGCGCCUCGUCCGGCUGCUCAACACCACCGACGUGUACGUGAUGCCCAGCCUCAACCCCGAUGGCUUCGAGCGCGCCCGCGAGGGCGACUGCGGCCUCAGUGACGGCGAUCCACCGGGGCCCACUGGCCGCGACAACAGCCGCGGCCACGACCUCAACCGGAGCUUCCCAGACCAGUUCCACACUGGCGAGCCCCCAUCCCUGGACGACGUCCCCGAAGUGCGCGCCCUCAUCGACUGGAUCCGCAGGAACAAGUUUGUACUUUCUGGAAAUCUGCAUGGUGGCUCGGUGGUAGCAAGCUAUCCUUUUGAUGAUUCUCCGGAACAUAAGGUCACUGGAAUCUAUAGCAAAACCUCAGAUGAUGAAGUCUUUAAAUACUUGGCAAGAGCCUAUGCUUCAAACCACCCCAUAAUGAAAACUGGUGCACCUCAUUGUCCAGGAGAUGAAGAUGAGACUUUCAAAGAUGGGAUCACAAAUGGAGCCCAUUGGUAUGAUGUAGAAGGUGGUAUGCAGGAUUACAAUUACGUAUGGGCCAACUGCUUUGAGAUCACAUUAGAACUGUCUUGUUGCAAGUACCCACCUGCUUCGCAGCUUCGACAAGAGUGGGAGAACAAUCGCGAGUCUUUGAUCACAUUGAUUGAAAAGGUCCACAUUGGAGUUAAAGGAUUUGUUAAAGACUCAGUAACAGGAUCUGGCUUAGAGAAUGCAACCAUCUCAGUGGCUGGUAUUAAUCAUAAUAUCACAACAGGCAGAUUUGGAGACUUCCACAGAUUACUUGUUCCUGGGAUGUAUAACAUUACAGCAGUUUUAACUGGGUAUAUGCCACUGACUUUUAAUAAUGUAACUGUGAAAGAAGGACCAGCUACAGAGGUGAAUUUUUCCCUUCGGCCGACUGUGACUUCAGUAAUCCCUGACACAACUGAGGCUGUAGCAACGGCUAGCACGAUCGCUACACCUAAUAUUCCUCGUGGAACACCAUCCUCACACCAGCCAAGUCAGCCAAAGGACUUUCACCACCAUCAUUUCCCUGAUAUGGAAAUCUUCUUGAGAAGGUUUGCCAAUGAAUAUCCUAACAUCACUCGGCUUUACUCAUUGGGAAAAUCAGUAGAGUCAAGAGAACUUUAUGUGAUGGAGAUAUCUGAUAAUCCAGGUGUCCAUGAGCCAGGUGAACCAGAAUUUAAGUACAUUGGAAAUAUGCAUGGAAAUGAAGUGGUUGGAAGAGAACUGUUAUUAAACCUCAUUGAAUACCUUUGUAAGAACUUUGGAACAGACCCUGAAGUAACAGACUUGGUUCGCAGCACUAGAAUUCACCUUAUGCCAUCCAUGAAUCCUGAUGGAUAUGAAAAGGCCCAGGAAGGAGAUUCAGUAAGUGUAGUUGGCAGAAACAACAGCAACAACUUUGACCUGAACCGAAAUUUCCCAGACCAGUUCAUUCAGAUCACAGAUCCUACCCAACCAGAAACUAUUGCCGUGAUGAGCUGGAUGAAGGCAUAUCCAUUUGUACUAUCAGCAAACCUGCAUGGAGGUUCGUUGGUGGUGAACUAUCCUUAUGAUGAUGAUGAACAGGGGCUUGCAACAUAUAGUAAAUCACCAGAUGAUGCUGUGUUUCAACAAAUAGCACUUUCUUAUUCCAAGGAAAAUUCACAGAUGUUUCAGGGUAGACCUUGUAAGAAUAUAUACCCUACUGAAUAUUUUCCUCAUGGAAUAACAAAUGGAGCUAACUGGUAUAAUGUCCCAGGUGGUAUGCAAGACUGGAACUACUUACACACAAAUUGCUUUGAAGUGACUAUUGAACUAGGUUGUGUGAAAUAUCCGUUUGAGAAAGAUCUGCCAAAACUUUGGGAACAGAAUCGAAGAUCUCUAAUCCAGUUUAUGAAACAGGUUCAUCAAGGUGUCAGAGGAUUUGUCCUAGAUGCCACAGAUGGCAGGGGUAUACUAAAUGCCACCAUUAGUGUUGCUGAAAUUAAUCACCCAGUAACUACUUACAAAACUGGAGAUUACUGGCGUCUCUUGGUUCCAGGAACUUACAAAAUCACAGCAUCUGCUCGAGGGUAUAAUCCAGUCACCAAGAACGUGACUGUAAAGAGUGAAGGUGCUAUUCAGGUCAACUUCACACUUGUUCGAUCUUCAACAGAUUCAAACAAUGAAUCAAAAAAAGGAAAGGGGGAUAGCACCAAUACUGAUGAUGCCAGUGAUCCAACUACUAAAGAGUUUGAAACUUUAAUUAAAGACCUUUCAGCUGAGAAUGGUUUAGAGGACCUCAUGUUACGCUCCUCUUCAAACCUGGCUCUCUAUCGAUACCAUUCAUACAAAGACUUAUCGGAGUUUCUGAGAGGACUUGUAAUGAACUAUCCACAGAUUACAAAUCUUACCAGUUUGGGACAGAGUGCUGAAUAUCGUCACAUUUGGUCCCUUGAAAUCUCCAAUAAGCCCAAUGUAUCUGAGCCUGAAGAACCAAAGAUUCGUUUUGUUGCUGGUAUCCAUGGAAAUGCUCCAGUUGGAACUGAACUGCUUUUGGCUCUGGCAGAAUUUCUCUGCCUGAACUACAAAAAGAAUCCAGCUGUUACCCAAUUGAUUGACAGGACUAGAAUUGUGAUUGUUCCUUCCCUAAAUCCAGACGGGCGAGAGAGAGCACAAGAGAAAGACUGUACUUCAAAGACAGGACAAACAAAUGCUCAUGGAAAAGACUUGGAUACAGACUUCACAAAUAAUGCUUCCCAGCCUGAGACUAAAGCCAUCAUUGAAAAUUUGAUUCAAAAACAGGACUUCAGUCUUUCUGUUGCUUUAGAUGGUGGUUCUGUGCUGGUCACAUACCCAUAUGACAAGCCAGUACAGACAGUGGAAAACAAAGAGACUCUGAAGCAUUUGGCAUCUCUUUAUGCAAAUAAUCAUCCAUCGAUGCACAUGGGUCAGCCCAGUUGCCCAAAUAAAUCAGAUGAGAAUAUUCCAGGGGGAGUAAUGCGUGGAGCAGAAUGGCACAGUCACCUGGGCAGCAUGAAGGAUUAUAGUGUCACCUAUGGCCACUGUCCAGAAAUCACAGUGUACACAAGCUGCUGCUACUUCCCUACUGCAGCACAACUCCCUUCCUUGUGGGCAGAAAAUAAAAAGUCUCUUCUUAGCAUGUUAGUAGAGGUUCACAAGGGAGUUCAUGGAUUUGUUAAAGAUAAGAGUGGAAAACCAGUCUCUAAAGCAGUCAUUGUACUCAAUGAAGGAAUAAAAGUACACACAAAAGAGGGAGGCUAUUUCCAUGUACUGUUAGCCCCAGGUUUCCAUAACAUCAAUGCUAUUGCUGAUGGAUACCAGCAACAACAUUCGCAGGUCUUUGUGCAUCAUGAUGCAGCUAGUUCUGUGGUAAUAGUCUUUGACACAGAUAACCGGAUAUUUGGUUUGCCAAGGGAGCUUGUGGUAACUGUAUCAGGCGCCACCAUGUCAGCAUUGAUCCUAACAGCUUGCAUUAUUUGGUGCAUCUGCUCAAUCAAGUCUAACAGACACAAGGAUGGCUUUCAUCGGCUCAGGCAGCAUCACGAUGAGUAUGAAGAUGAAAUUCGCAUGAUGUCAACUGGCUCAAAGAAAUCCCUCUUAAGCCACGAGUUCCAGGAUGAAACGGACACUGAAGAGGAAACCUUAUAUUCUAGCAAACAUUGAAACACACAACUGUGCACAUCUCCCAUCAUAAGUACCAAGCGAAAUUACAGUUCCCCUUGGGAGACACUGCGUUAAGAAGAGAGACUGUCUUGCUUCUUCAAAGAGCUUUGGGAAGUUAACUUGCUAAAUUUGUAUUCUCGUGAAUUUGGUUGGCAGUUUUGAACUUCUCUUCCUUAAAGUACUCUUACCUUUUAAGAAAAUAUCUGAUUUCUAUUUAUGCAGCAGAGAUGGGACAGCCACUUUGUUUUUCUUUUUAAUUUAAAGAUGAGCUGUUUGGAGCUUAUGUAAUAACUGCAUAAGCCAUCUAGUGGAUGUUGUAUUUCGCACAUCAGGUGUUUGCUAGUGGCUUUAGCUUUUUUUCUUUAUGUUAAAUGGCCAAAAGAAUCCAGCAACAUUAAGGCAGGGACAGCAGUCAGAAUUUGACAUAAAGCUUUAAAAACUCGAGUUUUCUCAACCUAUUGAGGAGUACUUUUCUCUGGUUAUUAUACAGCUGGAGUUUCUCUUAUUAUUCAGGUUUAAUGGAGGCUGAAUUGAUUUUUAAACAUAUAUAACAUUAAGAAAUGAAUAAAUGGGCUUCCGCUUUGGCUUUCUACCUGUUCCAAGGCUAGAUCAGAACUGGUGGGCUGUGCUCUAAGCAGGAUUUCACUACCUCUCUUGUAAGGUUUAGCAAAGUUCUAAACCUCUCCAUUUUAAGGGAGAACCUGUUGACUUUGUUGUGAAAAAUCUAAAUGUCCAUUUGAAUGGAGCUGAGAGAGAGAACUAGCAACAGCUAAAACUCAUGUUGCCUAUCUUUUAACUCGGUAAAAACCCACAGGUGCUGCUGCUUUUAUUGUGAAGCACUAGUUUAUGCUAGGGAUGCCUAAUUCUUUAAUAUUUCCUAAAUUUGAACCUUUUUCUAUGUUGUACACUUAUGGUUUUCAGAUGCCCAGCAAUCUACAAGAUCUGAAUCCUACUGAAAACAUCUGGAAGUAUGGAAGAGACCUACUUGCACAUUCUUAACCUACGUUUGAACAUGAAAUACCUACACUUCAUGCUCCAGCCCAAGCCUGAAAUAUCAUACUCAUUGUGAAAUAGAUUGGCCAGUCUUGUUCACAAAGGCCUCUGCAAGUGAUUGAUUUCUUUGUCCUGAAUUUCAUCUGACAGUCUCUUUUUGAGAAACCAAUUCUGUUAAAAAUUCAGUGGAAAGCAUUUAGAUAUGGCUCCCUCCAUUAAAAAAAAAAAAAAAAAUAAG